CCACAUUCACCCGAGGACAAAAUGGCAUGGACAUAGCUAGCCAAACGUAGGGAUAAUAAAACAGAAUAGUUUUGGUGGCUUCGCGUUAGUCAAAACGAGUUUCACAUUCAAUGGAACACCCAGAUAUGAAGCAAAGCAUCAAACAAACAGAGCUAGAGCUAGAUAUGAAUAAGGAGGAAGUAGAAGCGAUGACACGAAGAUGGAUGGCUUCCUGCAGCGGGCGGCUCUGUGUCUCGCCUGCCAUGGCUCCUGCUGCAGGCAAUUCGGAGUCAGAAGAUGGGCUUCUCUUUUUGCGUGACAAGCACUUUGAGCUACAUGGAGAGAUCAUGAUGUUUGCGCUUGUCGCUUUCUUCUCUCUUUUUAUCCUAUUCCUCGUCAUGCUGCCUUAUCUCAAGCGCCUUAGCAAUCAUGAAUCGGAGUAUUCAGGCUCUGUGGCACCGCAAAACUGUCCGUUUCCGUGGCUGAGGAAGAGGAGGAUGGAGGAUGUCGCACCAGAAGUAUCACUGCAGGGCGAGAAUGAAUUUAGCAGGAAAUUCCCCCUGUAAGUGCUUUGGUUACUUUGAAAGAACUUAAUUUCCAUAGAAAAAAGCAAUAGUUCCUUGUAUUGAACAGCUAGCUAGGUAUCAUGACUAUGCCUGAGGCCGGUUAGUACCUAAUGUUUCAUAAUCCAUG